UAGGUACAAGACAUGUUACAACUCGUGCAACAUAUUAUACAGUAUAGACAGUAUAUUGUUCUGUGGUAUAGAUACAUUCUGUUUACAUGUCCAUGGACCAUGGUGAUAUAGUAUACACUAGCAUGGAAUCAUAAACCAAGUAUAUUAUGUUAUAUGUCAAUUGUGUUCAUGUGGAAUUAUAUACGACGAUACUUAUAAGUUUAAAGAUAAUAUUAUGGAAGAUAAAUAUUAUUACAUAUCUGAAUUUUGUAAGAGUAUAUAAUUAGAAAAUAUGUCUAAUGGUGUGUAGUGACUAGUGUGUUAUUUCACGGUCUCGGGAGAGCGCAUCUGUUCAACGCCUUUGUUCGGUUGUUCAGUGGUUGACUAGUUGUCUUCGUCGCAGAAAACCGCUUGGCAGUUGGCGCUCACCGCACGAAGCACGGAAGACGGAACUCGCCACACAGUUGUGCAUACCACAGUACAUUGAUUAUGUACUGACCAAUGAAGAGAACCUGGUAGUAGGUAGGAGGUGUCGGUGGCGCGUCACAGUCUGGUACCACGACGGUAGUCUACCAGUAAUCACUAUCACCAUUAACAUUCGUCACUGGCGGAGCAGAGCAAGUAGCAACAGGACGCGCGUCAUCAGAGCGUUCGUCCACCGACGGUCGCGACCGGAGCCGUCUCCCACGACCACUGCCCACUGGUGUGUGUACCCUCGACAGUCAACGACGACAAAAUGCUUUCCGAUGCCGCUGAGUAGCCCGAGUGCGGCCGGCUAUGCAUUGUCAGUUUGGAUUUGGCGGCGUCGGAUCCAUGGGGGACAACAUUAGGAAGAAGGCCACCAGCGACACGUUGCCCAAACCUGGAAAGGUCAACUCGGUGUGUAAAGAAUGGUUGGUCCACGAAGAUGGCGCUUUGGCGUAUCAUUUACAAAAGUUGGAAGUCGACGAACAUUACAGUGGCAAUCGUUCUCGAAAUGCUAUUGUUCGACAAGACUUGCCUACUGCCAAGGAGGAACAGGAACGUGAAAUCCGUGAAGCUGAAGAACGAUAUGGCGCUUUUAUCAAAGAACAGGAAGAAAAAGAUCUCAAAGUUGCUAAGAAAUUAGCUGAAAAAUUAACAAAAAAUCAAUAUACCCAUAAAAUUGGGGUUAAUGCGAAUUCAGCUGGAGGAGGUAGACCAGGAAUAUUAAAAAAACACUGUCAACCAGAAUCUUCUAAAAAUUUCACAGAAGAGUCCAAUGAAUAUACUGAGUUUGAUAUUGAUGAUAUUUUGCAUGACAUUGACUAUGAAGAAGAGGUCAGCCGUCGAAUUCAAGAACAAAAGGAUGCUGAAUUGGCCAAGAGACUACAAGAACAAGAAGGACGUCCCAUGUCAAUUGAAGAUAGGGAUAGAUUAAUUGCUAUUGAAACACAAGACUGUGAAUUGGCUAAGCUUUUACAAGAAAAAGAAAAAGCUCGACUGAGGAGAGCUCGAGAAAAAGCAAAACAAAAAGCAUUGCUUAAAAAACAACAGCAUUUGGAAGAAUUGUCUGAAGUUGUAUCAACUACCCAAGAACCUAUUUCUAAUAUUGCUAUUGCUAUUGAUCCGACAUAUAGUUCAAGAAGAACAGAACUACAAGACAAUUUUGGUACUUCUACUGCUCUAUCUUCAUCAUUAGACGAUGUUCCUCCAUACAUGCCAAUUCAAGGUCAACGACGUAGCAAUCAUACAGAUAAGAAAAAAAAGUCAAAGACUGAUGGUGUUGCAUCAUUUUUUAAAGUAUUUAAGUAAUGUUUUGUGGUGGACAUAUAAAAUGUGAUAUUUCUGUAUUAUAGAUUCCUAGCAUAGCAAAGAUUGUACUAUAAUUUAUAGUAAAUUUUUUAUUUUGUUAAUUAUAUUUAUUAUUAAUCAAAACCUGGUAUUCCGCCAAUUUUAAAAACUGUGUUCAUUGUCUAUUCGAACAUAUUUUAAUAAUUUGUAUUAACUGAAAUAAUGCGUAUUUUUAAUUUUAAUAUUUCACAUGUUGUCAAUUAUAUUUUUAUCUCAUAAGAACUCCAAAUUUUGCAAAAAUGUAUAUUUUUUUUAUUAAUACUGUUAUUGUAAUUGUGAAACUAGCUGCAUUAAUCUAUUGAUAAUAAUUAUUGUGAGAAAAAAAAUUGUUUGUACAGCGUUUUAUGAUUUUUAUUGUUAUACUAAUAAACAAGAAUUUGUAUUAUUAUUUUUCA